UGUUUCAGAGAGCAAAAAGAGAACAUUGCCUCUGCUCCCCUUUCAUCUCAUACCUCGCAUCAGAAGGUGUGUGCACUUGAGUGACAUUUAUUUCUGGAUCAGAUUUGGUUAUAGUUGUUUUAUGGUGGGAAUACAGAGCAUUUAGGAGGCCCUGCUGCUUGAACACCACUGGAGCAUACCAAGAUCAACUAUGUCAAUCAAGAUUCCUAUUGGUUGCUAUGGUGAAUGAUGCUGACUCUGAACAAAUGUACAGUGUAAGCCUUUGGAGAGGCAAUGGGCGUACUCGGUCAGCAGCGAGAGAGACAUCAAGGAGGACACUGGCUGGGAAGAGGAGGGAAGGCAUCAUUAAUUCUGCUUUAUGUCCACUCUGCCUCUGAGGGUCUGAGAAGUAACUGAAUAGUUCUCAAGCACCAGGUAAGAGAAAUGGCCUCUUCUUUUCAAGUCCGCCUAGAGAGUGUGUGGUGGUGUUUUUAACAACAGAGAAAUCAGGGCACUAACAAUGGAAACUGGCUUUAAAAAAAAUAGAAGGAGAAAAAGAAAAUGUGAAGAAAAAAAUAAAAGAGAAAGGCAAGUUAAGAGAAUGAAACAAGGAUGUAUUUAAAGCUCUUUGCCCACAGAUUAGGGAUUAUUGUCAAUAACCUGGAGAAAGCUGAUGAAAGUUUCUUCAUGACGAAACUCAAUCUUCCUAGUGAAACUGAGCCAACUCCCAUGCCCACAGCAGACUAGAAUAGCAAGCUCAUUUCAAGAACAAAAUUAUUCUCCAAGGGAGAUUUGUGGGAGAGCUUCCUAAAGGGGAAGUCACCAGUCCUGAGUCCAUCUACAAAUCCUGGGAUCUGAUUUGGUUUCCUCUAGAAUGGCCAACAGGUAGAAAUGCAGGAAGAAGAGAGAACAGAGAAAAAGAACAGACAAUCCAAAUGAAUUCCAGAGAGAUCAAACCGGGAAGUGCCCUCACACUGGUUGUCACUGAAAAAUCAGGGAACUAAGUUCACAAAUAGUCCCCUUGUUCAGGAUGGCUGCUAUUGCCUGUUUUUCCAGCUGCCUCAAGGGUGUGAGCUGAAUGCUGUUUGAAGUGGAAAAAUGAUAGAUGCAUGACUGAAAUAAUUUUCCACUAAGUCCACAAGAGGCAGGGAAACUAGGGGACAGAACCCUUCUGAUCAGUUAAUUUUUGUUAACAUUUAACUGUCUGAUUUUUAUUCCACCCCAACAAAAUGAAAUUGCUUUCUCUGCAUGUACAAAAGAGAAAAGAGGAUGAUAUUAGGGCGUGUGUGUGCAUAUGCUGGCUCAUGAUUUCUUAGUGAAGCAACUUUUAGAAAAGGAAGUCACACAGGUUUAAGACAUUUGACAGGGAGAGACAGAAAGUGUGAUGAGAUUUAUCCAAGGACAGAGAAGAGUACUGCUUCCCCCAGAAGCUCCCUAAAAGCUACCUUCUUCUUGGAAGUUAGGUGAGAAGGAAGAGGAGAGUUCAAUAAUUCCCACUACUUCACGUAACAGAAGAAACACAGGUUUGCCUCCCAUCCACUUCACUCAGUGUGGCAACCAUUUCUUUCUGAUCAGUUCCCCAACACCUGUCAGUGGGGGAACAUAAUAAGGAGUUACUCUGCUACCUUCCUGAGGGCUCCUCACUGGCUAAAAACAGUUUUGUGGCUCUGCAAGUUGAAAUGCUGUAAAUAUCUCAUUGCCUCGUCCUACUCUUGAGAGAAUCUGGAUCCCGAAGAAGCCGUGAAGCGGGAGUUAAAGUCCUCUCUCAUAUUAGAGAGUGGGUUACAUUAGAAUAGAAUGACUGGGCGUAGCAAAGAAAUCAAAUGUGAAAUCAUUUCCCAAUGAAUUUUAAUAGGAGUUAGGGAGGCACAGAAAAUAUGCCUAAAGCUUUCUGCAGCUCUGCUAAUUUCUUCCCCUUAAUUAAUGUUCGCUUAUCAACUGUUCAAAAUUCACUGUGCAAGAUAAUAGCAUAGAAAUAAAAAUCAAAUCUGACAAAAGAUCAUUUCCUUAGUUUUUGCCAUCCAUCUCAUAUUCGUUUUCCUGAAACAAUACCCAGGAGACCCUUGCCACCGUCGGGAUUGUAUCCAAGAGAUACAAUUUCCUAUUUCUCUCUGUAGUGAUUGGCUUCGCUGAGACCUUCAUUGAGACCUUUCUUCAAAUACAAAUUAAUCAGGGUCCCCUCUUAUCCAUCCCCCAAUAAUGAAUCUAAAGAAAGAUUUCCCCCUGGGCAAAGCAGACAGUUCCCUGUAUUCUUUUCUUGUGAUGUAUUCAACUGAAUGGGAGAAUUGAAACUUUUCGUUUCCAAUUUUAGAGACACAAUGAACAUUGAAGUGGGGAAUAUUUCCUACACCCAAGCCACCAUAUCCUGGUCCUCCGUGGAGCCCUGCCCAGAAAACUAUUACCACAUCAUGUACCGGCCCAACUGGAACAGUAUCUUCUCCAGCUACCUGCGCCACACCUUACACCAUAAAGAGAGGGUUCCUAGCACCCUCAGCAGCUUUGUCCUCCACAGAUUGGCUCCCUCCACUGUUUAUCUCAUCUGUGUUACCUGCAAAAGCUCCUACCCCUCCAGUAACCACUGUACCAUGUUCCGCACCCUGGACCGGGCCCCCUUUGCCUUGGGUGGCUCCCAGGAAGACCCCAGCAUCUCCAUCUGGGUGGUGGGUGCUCUCUUAAUUGCCUCUUUCUUGGCUCUCCUGACCUUCUUUUGCUUCCAGUUCUGUUGCGGAAGGUGCCUCCAGUCACAUCGGUCUCAUGGCACUGGCCCACAAGAGGAAGCUGACGAGCUGACGAGGUGGUCCGAGGAUGCCCUGGUUCUUGGACUGAGAGAGGAGGCCCGUCAGGAGCUCUCGAUGACAGCAGUCCUCAUCAAGAAUUCUCGUGCCACCCAUGGAAGCCCCCGAGGCUCUCUCUCUGGCUUCUUCACCCCAGAAGAUGGUGACAACAGAGCCACCACCUUGCCACAAUGUGGAUUUUAAAUGGUGGAAGACAGGAGCUGUUUUGGGGUUAGGAUUAAGGUCAAAACUUCAAUUCUCUUAGCACCUCUUCCAGUUCUCCACUUUGGAAAAGGGAGGCAGGUUGGGGGUUGCACACGACUAGGUCUGCUGAUAGAAACCAUCUGUCUAUAUCUAUUACCCAUGAUCCCCUCUAGCCCAUGAUCAGUACAAAAUGCUCCAAUCAUCUCAAUUCCAAACACACACUUUUCCAAAUCACAUUCUUAAGGAUUGACAACUUGUUCAUGCCGGAGUAAAGGUUUCUAAUGCUUAUGUCUCUUCUCAGGCUAUCUGGCACAGAAGGGUUUGGCUUAAAGGUAGCAGAUUUUGAAAACUAGGGCAAAAAAUGUCCUUGAAAAUUGGAGACAAGUCCUUCAUGUCUUUCCUUGGCCCUUUUCUUGGUACUUUUUAACCCAUGCUCAGAAACAUCUGCUAGCAAGAAACUGCGCCCCAGUGAACUGCCUUCUGGGAUUGUUUGGAGAAUACCCUGAAUGGAACAAGCUUAUGGUCAAAGAGUCCAUUCCUUGAUUUGCACCCAGACCUAGCGAUUGAGAACUUAGUUGUGAGGAGACAGGAAGUAAAUGGGGAAUCAUUUCUAGACUCCAAGUUAAAAGCCAGGCCCACGGCAUGUUAUCCUAGAGCUGGGAGUAUUUUCCUGAGUAUUUUCAGGGAGUAAAUCCUGAGUAUUUUCCUCAGGAUGAGAAGCAGGUUGGCCUAGUGGAUAGAGCAUGAGCCUGGAAG